AUGAAUGCUCGCAGCAGUCCAAACAAUGAUGGAUGGGUUUUGGACUCUGGGAGUUCAGUGCAUGUUUGUUUUAAGAAAGAUUUUUUCUAUUCUUUCAAAGAAGUUCACGAUACGGUAUCACUUAAUGAUGGGUCUUCAUGCGAUGUCAAAGGGAUUGGAUCAAUGAAGCUGAAGACGCCUGUUGAAGUGGUUCAUAUUUUAGAUGACGUAAACUUCGUUCCAAAGAUGCAAAGAAAUUUGAUCUCCCUUAGUCGGUUGGAUUCUAAGGGUUGUCAAAUCACUGUUGGCACAAAAGCUAUUAGUUGGAUGUCACAGAUACAAAAGAUUGUUGCCCUAUCGACUACGGAAGUUGAGUACGUAGCAGUGAUAGAAGCCAACAAAGAGAUGAUUUGGCUUCAAGAUUUGUUGACAAAGCUUUUGAAUAAAGCAGGUGAGGAAUAUUUUGCACAACGACAGUUAGAGUAUGAUACAACUAGCAAAGAACUCUACAUUUCAUUCCAAAACCAAACACAUUGA